AUGCAUCACUGUCUCUACGUUUCCGACAUCACGGGCGUCAUCUGCUCCUUCCUUCCUCCGGGUCCUUUAAACAACCUUGCAAGGACAUGCAAGGCGCUAUCAGAGCCUGCUCUUGACAUGCUGUAUGCAGAUCUUAGCUCGCCCGUUGAUCUAUUGCGAUGUCUUCCUCCAGACUUGGUGGAUUACCAAGCACGAAGCUUCGAUAAUAUAAGUUGCUUGGGAUUCAAGCGUGCCCUCGCCGAAAGUGACUGGACCGUCUUGCAGCAGUAUGCACGGCGCGUCCGGGCGCUCAGCUACCACAGCGUCACCAGGUCCACCGAGUUCAUCUACUCUGCCGUAUUUCGUGCACUUUGCGAAUCCCCUAUCCGCCCUCUCUUACCUUCCCUGCGUGUCUUUCACUGGGAUUGUAACGCCAUGACAGACGCCAGAGAAGUCACCUUCAUCCUCUUUAUGCUAAGCCCAUCCGUCACGGAAGUCUGCCUGGCCAACGCCUACCGCGCCGGUCCAUCCUUAAUGUCGUCCUUGCCGUCGGUUUCCCUCGCGCUGGAGAGGUUAUCUCUACACGUAGACAACCUGGACGGCCUGUAUCUCAACUUCAGUGCCCUCAGUGACGUGCUCCCGCGCUUGGGCCGGUUGAAGCACUUCGCACUGACGUACGCUGAUCCCAUGCGGAGCAGGCCGCCUCCGUCUAUCAUAGACCUUGCAGCUUCCCUGCCCUCCUUGGAAGGGCUUACUCUAAUCCCGGUCCCCGAGCUGAGCUACGAAGAACUAGCCGGCGUUGUCGGGCUCAUGCACACUGCGCCGAUGUUCCCGAUGCUCGGGCGCUUGCGCAUCUGCGGUACGGCGGAGAGCUGCCUUGCAUUUAUGUAUCGUGUCGGAAACUUCCCCAGGGUAUCAUCAGCCGCCGCCAACUUCGUAGACAUCCGUGAACCCCUCUUGUUCGUGGAGUCUUUCGCGUCCUUCUUUUCGGCAUCCGAGCUACGCAAUCUGGACCUCAAGCUCACAGCCACAUCCGGCGUCUCGGAGGAGGAAGCUCUCCGUCCUCGCGAAUGCAUAGGAAACACACUCCGCCCCUUCAUGCGUUUUUCGCGCCUGGAGUCCCUCGAGCUCUCUCAGUCGGGUAUGGUCCAUCUUUGCGACGCGGACAUUACGGAUUUGGCACCUGCGUGGCCACACCUCCGCACCUUUUCAACCAGCUGUGUUAUACACGAGUUGGCGGCGUUGGGAUACAGGCACGAGGAAGGGCGGCUGACUUUUGAAGGGGUGGAGACGCUCAUACGAUGCUGUUCCCACCUGCAAGAGGUGAAGGUCAGCCUUGACGCCCGCGUGAAAGUGGCCGAAGGGUUUCUCGACGAGGCGCGAGAUGGGCCUUGCAAUCGUGCCAUUUCGCGAAUAGAUUUGGUAGACUCGCCUGUGGACGACCCGCACGUCGUUGCACGGGUGCUUAAGCAUUUGCUGCCGAGCCUCACCAGUAUUCGGCAUGACGGUGACGAUGGUUCUCGCACAGCUUGGAAACAAAUCGAACAGCUGCUGAACAAGGAAGGUGGCCCUGGACUGAAUGUUGGGGUAGAUUCAAGGUAG